AUGUGUCUAGAAGUGGCCCCAAAAUGCAGUGCACGUGCUUCCCUAUAAAAAGCCACGUCAUUUUGGAGGGCGUUGAUGAUGACGAUGAGUGGCCACAGAUCUGGCUCUAUUCCCCUCACACUCUCUCUUUUCUUUUAACUCCUACACUCCGCUCACUGUUACUCCCCCACCAUUUCAGUCACCAAACUUUAUAUAAAAUUCCUCAAAAAUAGAGAGAGAGAAAAAAAAAAUCAACAAAAUUUUAAAGAAAUCCUAUUCUCUUCAUAAAAUCAAUGGGAGAGGAGAAGAAGAAGGCUGAAGGAGAGGAGAAAAAGGCGGAGGAAGGGAAAAACCCGGAACCGGAAAAGAAGGCGGAGAAAACUGAAAAGGCUGCUGCGGCGGCGGCCGCAACGGAAGAAAAACCAAAAAGUGAUGAAAAGAAAUCAGAGGAUGGAAAUAAAAAUGACAAAGAUGGUAAAGAUUCGAAAGAAGAACAACCACCACCUCCGCCUCCGGAGAUUGUUUUGAGAGUUUACAUGCAUUGUGAAGGUUGCGCUCGCAAAGUCCGUAAAUGCCUUAAAGGCUUUGACGGGGUGGAAGACGUGACGACGGAUUGCAAGACACACAAAGUGGUGGUGAAAGGAGAGAAAGCAGAUCCGCUGAAGGUGUUAAGUAGAGUACAAAAAAAGACGCAUCGUCAAGUCGAGCUACUUUCGCCGAUUCCGAAACCACCCGCCGAAGAGCCUAAGAAGGCCGAGGAGAAAGAAGCACCUAAACCAGAAGAGAAAAAGGAAGAGCCAAAAAUAAUAACUGUGGUGCUCAAGGUUCACAUGCAUUGUGAGGCUUGCUCCUUAGAGAUCAAAAAACGUAUAGAGAAAAUGAAAGAGGUCGAAGAAGCAACCCCAGAUCUAAAGAACUCAUUAGUGACGGUAAAGGGUACGUUCGAGGCGGCGAAGAUAGUGGAGUAUGUAUACAAGCGCACCGGGAAGCAUGCUAGCAUAGUGAGCCAAGAUCCUCCUGCGGAGAAGAAAGAGGAUGGGAAGGGCAAAGAAGGGAAAGAAGAAAAGAAAGGGGAAAAUGAUGAAGGGAAAAAGGGUGAACAAAAAGGGGAGGGGAAGGGAGACAAAAAGGAAGAAGCCGGUGGUGGUGGCGAAGGGGGCGGGGGAGGAGAGGAGGGAAAAGGAGUAGCGGGCGAGGGCGAUGGGGCGGCCGUGGUGGUGGAGGAGGGACCUAGGAUUGUAGAAUUGAAGAGGAAUGAGUUUAACCAUUACCCUCCUAGGUAUGCAUUGGAUAUGUAUGCAUAUCCUCCUCAAAUCUUUAGUGAUGAAAACCCUAAUGCUUGUUCUAUAAUGUAAAUUUUUACUUGUAAAACCAAUUUAUGGGGACAAAUAUUUAGUUGAUUUUACUAGUACAAGUAUAAUUUUGGGAUAUGUAAAAAGAAAAAAAAAAAAAAAAAAAAAAAAAAAAGGUGAGGGGUGGUGGCCUAGUGGUGAGAGGAAUGGAAGAAGGGUAAUUGUGUAAAUUCAUAAUUCGCCUUUUCUUUUUGUCUCUUUACAUGUGCUCUUUGGUUAGCAAGCUCCUUUUAGUAGUUUAGUAUAAAAUCCAUGCAGAGAAAUCCUAGAAUGAAAUUUUUGGUGAGGACCUUUUGUACCUUUUUGUUGUUUAUAAUAAUGUAGUAGAAAAAUAGAAAUCAAAAUAAUGAGUUGUGUAGUACAUAUACUACUAAUAAUGUAGUAAUGUAUUAUAUUAACAAUGAGUAAAUAAAUAAGUAUUUAUAGUACA